GUCAUCAACGUGCUCCUGGCACCCGGAAGCGAAGCAAGAUGUAACGUAGUGUGACUGGAGUGAGCAUUGUUUGUGGGAAAAGUAGAGUGUAAUUAGAUAUUUUAUUAUCCUUAAAAGUAAUUUUUGCAUUGUCUGUAGUACAGUGAAGAUGGAAGUUAGCGAAAAAGAAAAGGACUCGACAGCUCUGAAGGAGGAGGGGAAUACCCUGUUCAAGGCAGGAGAUAUGCAGGGUGCUGCCUGCUGUUACACCAAAGCAUUAAAGUUGAGUGACAGAGAGACAGAGAGAGCUGUCCUUCACCGCAACAGAUGUGCCUGCUACCUGAAGCUGGAGCAGUUUAACAAGGCAGAGGCUGAUGCGUCCAAAGCCCUUGAUACUGACCCAGGUGAUGUGAAGGCCAGGUUCAGGAGAGCUCAGGCUUUCCACAAGCUUGGUCGGCUUGACCAAGCUUUUAUGGAUGCUCAGAAGUGUGCCCAGCUGGAGCCUAAAAACAAAGCCUUCCAGGAUUUGCUCAGACAGCUGGGAGCACAGAUCCAGCAAAAGUCGGUGCAACUAAACUCCACGGAUGCUCGUGUGCAGCAAAUGUUCUCCCUCCUCUUAGAUGCAUCUGCAGGUGACUCAGAUCGACAGAAGGCUGCCCAGAAUUUAGUGGUUUUAUCUCGAGAAGACGCAGGGGCUGAGCAGAUCUUCCGAAAUGAUGGAGUGAAGCUAAUACAGAAACUUCUUCAAUCAAAGCAGGAGGAGAUCGUCCUUUCUGCCUUGAGAACCCUUGUGGGGUUGUGUACAGGGCAUCAGUCCAGAACUAUGGCUAUAGUGAAUGAGUUGGGAAUGGAGCAGCUGUGUGCAGUAAUGGGAUCAGGAGCCUCGGCUGUGUCUCUGGCUGCCUGCCACCUGCUGCAGGUUAUGUUUGAGGCUCUGACAGAGGGAAUGAAUAAAGAAAUUCGCGGGAAAGAUGAAGCAAUUCUUCCUGAACCAUCCAAAGAGCUACGUUCAAUGCUACGCCACCUCUUGGAAAUGAUGUCAGCUUCCAGUGUGUCAGGACAGGGCAGAGACAGCGCCAUCAACCUCCUGGUCAAACAAGUUCCUCGCAAGUCUUUGAAAAACCCAGAUAACUCGGUCACCCUAUGGGUGAUAGACCAGGGUUUAAAGAAAAUCUUGGAAGUGGCUGGGACGGUCCCUGAGCUCUCAGAAGGGAUUCCUCUUACAGACAACUCCCACAUGAGCUGCUCUGUCUUGCUUAAUAAACUUUACGAUGACCUAAAGAGCGACAAAGAAAGGGAGAACUUCAACAAGCUGUGUGAAGAAUAUGUGCAACAACACUUCAGCAGACCUGGCCCGGAGGCCAAGCUGCGGGCUAUCCAGACAGUAUCCGUGCUCCUCCAAGGACCGAGUGAGGUUGGUAACAGAACCAUGGAGAUGUCAGGAAUGAUGGAUGCAGUGAUCUCUCUGUGUGCCUCGGAAGAUGUUACACACCAGCAGGUGGCAGUGGAGGCUCUUAUCCAUGCUGCAGGAAAGGCCAAGAGAGCCUCCUUCAUUACAGCCAACGGCGUUGCUCUUCUGAAGGACCUCUACAAGAAGAGCGAGAAUGACAGGAUACGUGUUAGAGCCCUGGUGGGUUUGUGCAAGCUUGGAUCAGCAGGGGGGACAGAUUUCAGCAUGAAGCAGUUUGCAGAGGGAUCCACGCUUAAGCUCGCCAAGCAGUGCAGGAAGUGGCUGUGUAACGAGGCUCUGCCCGCAACCUCCCGCCGGUGGUCGGUGGAAGGCCUCGCCUACCUCACGUUUGAUGCUGAUGUGAAAGAGGACUUGGUGGAGGACAAGAAUGCUCUCCUGGGAAUGUUUGAACUCGCUAAGUCUGAAGAUAAGACGGUGCUCUUUGCUGUCGGCUCCACAUUAGUGAAUUGCACCAACAGCUAUGAUGUUGAGAAACCAGACCCUCAGAUGGUGGAGCUGGCUAAGUAUGCAAAGCAGCAUGUGCCUGAGGAACAUCCCAAGGAUGCUUCUUCCUAUGUGGAGAAAAGACUGGCGAAGCUGUUGGAGGCUGGUGUGGUGUCUGCGUUGGUGUGUAUGGUCAAAAAUGAGAGUCCUGCCCUUACUGAAGCCUGCAGGGAGUGUAUAAGCAGAGUCUUCUUGGCUUUGGUGGAGCGACAGGAGGACCGAGGCACAGUGGUAGCACAGGGGGGAGGAAAGGCUCUGAUACCACUGGUGUCUGACAACACAGACGUUGGUAAAAUCAAAGCAGCGCAAGCAUUGGCAAAGAUAACCAUCACAUCUAACCCAGAGAUCGCCUUCCCAGGAGAACGGAUCUAUGAAGUGGUGCGUCCCCUGGUCAGUCUUUUGAGUCUUGAAUGCACGCUGCUGCAAAACUUCGAAGCACUCAUGGCUAUCACCAACCUGGCUGGCAUCAGUGAAAGACUCAGACAAAAGAUCAUAAAGGAGAAGGCCGUCCCAAAAGUGGAAGGUUACAUGUUUGAAGAGCACGAACUGGUCCGAGCUUCUGCCACAGAGUGCAUGUGUAAUCUGGUUUUAAGCACAGAGGUGCAGAAGCUGUACCUGGCCACAGGGAGCGAUCGCUUGAAGCUGCUUGUGCUGUACAGUGGAGAGGAGGAUGAGAGGCUGCGGAAGGCUGCUGCAGGAACUCUGGCCAUGCUGACAGCUGAGCUGCCUGAGCUCUGCGCCCGUAUCCCUGGAACAACAACCCACUGGCUCGAGAUUGUACAGACACUGUUGCUCAGUGAAAUAUCUGACCUGCGUCACCGUGGAGUAGUCAUAGUUCACAACAUGAUGCAGGCAGAGAAGAGUCUGGCUGAGACCCUCAUAGAGAGUGAAGCUUUGGAGAUUCUUUCUGUCCUGGCAAAAGGGGGAGAGGGCAUGCCUGAGCCUGUUUCUAAGAUCGCUCAGAAAUGUCUGGACAAGGCAAUAGAGUACAACAUCAUAAUGUCCAGGGACGGAAAGAGCAAAGAACCUGAACCAUGAAAACACUGCUGCAGUAUGUGAAUGUGCCUCCAGGCAAAGUUAAGUGCUCUGAGGGUUAUAUGGGACCAGUGAAGUGAUUUCACUUUUGCAGAAAAUCAGUCCGGAGGGGCACAAGCUGAAAUACUCCAACGUCUUAACUAGAAACUUAAGGCAUUUAAAAAAAGAGGAAAUGUAUUCAAUGAAAACCAGCUCAUACUUACAGUGUGUCACAAAUGAGCUUUGAUUGUUUUUUUCACAAUGUUUUUACACAUAUUUUAUUUUUCUUUAUUAUGCUGAAAGUUCCACAUUGAGACCAAAUUGUCCACUCUAUACACACUUAAGAUUGACAUGCUUCAUAUUUACACAAUAUAUGGCUAUCCUUACUAAAAAUUUAUUGUCUUUAAUUUCCAUUCGAUCUUAGCGAUCUUCUACUUAAUUCAUUUUUAUAUAAUUGUUCUUGAAGAACAACAAGCAGAAACACAAUCAUGGUUUUAUUACUGUCUGCUUUUGUAUUUCAUGUCAUUGUAGUUCUUGUCACUCCACUACAUUCCAAGUGUGAUAAUUGUAUGGCUGGUUGUUGUAGUUUUUUUGUUGACUGAACACAUGGGCAGAAAAAAAUAAACUCUCUGUACCCGAA